AUGUCAACGUUAGCACAUUACCUGACUGAACAGCAGCACAUAUGGGAUGAGGUGGCUUUCACUUCUGAUACUGACGUAUGCAUAUCAGAAAUAUGGCAAUUGCCGAAUGCAGCAGGCACUCAAUGGAGCUUCACAGAAAGCAAGGACCUGGCUCCAAAGGUGUCAACGACUACACUAAUUAAUUCCGGAAGCACCACUCGUCAGCUCAGAUUACGAGUGUACUGGUUACCAUAUCAUGUAAAGCAGCGGAGUAUCGCAUUGGAACGAAAUCAGUACACGAGGUUACUGCGUGAUCUGAAGCUGGAUCUUGCCACAGCUUAUUCUGGUAUUGGGAGACUCAAUGAAACAGAAACAUCAGUCGCUCAGUACUAUUUCAGUCUACAUCCAAAAGCUCGAAUGACAUGGCGUGCCGACCGAGACGGAAUCGUGCAUGUGGUAUGUGUGGCUGAGGACAAGAAGAUAGACGUUCUGAAGGAUCUACUCAGCAAGGAAUUCUUCCAGACCAUCUGCGAAGAAGAAACGAUGCCAGCACUUCUAUGUGCCGUAUUACUGGCUCUUGAGGUGGAGAAAUCGCAAGACGAAAUCAAGAAACAAGUACGCCAGGUUGAAGUACGAACAGGACAUCACGACUGGAAGUCGCGCAAAGAAGGAGCAGCACUCGGCGAUCUAACAAGUUUGUCGGCGAAAAUGAGUGGAUGUUCGACCCGUUGUGGUUCUGGCUUGAGGAAGGCGUAUGUGCUCAUCGAUGUGCUCGAUUUCGUUGACACGCAGCUUGCGAGUAUGGUUUCUGGUGCGCACGACCGUGUAAAAGAAAGGAGGAGAAAGAUCCUCGAUAUGGUCCAGAUACUCAGAAAGCGGGCAAAGGUCUCAAUUGGAGACAACGAGUUCAUUCAGCGUCGAGUAGAUAUACAACUCAAUGCGCUAUAUCAUUUAGUUGCACAGAACGAUGCGUUCUUGGGUCAGCAAAUGGCGUCGGAUUGUCGACUCGUCGCUAUCGCUUCCCAGCGAGAUUCGUCCAGCAUGAAAGUGAUUGCCUUCGUCACCAUGUGUUUCCUACCUGCAACAGUCGUGGCCACGGUCUUUAGCAUACCUCUUUUCGACUGGGAAGCUGAAACACGGACAGACAUGAUCAGGCGAGAAUUCUGGUUUCCAAAGCUCGUUGUGUAUCUUGCUGUCACCUUUCCGCUUAUGGCUUUGACGUUCGCUAUUUGGGGACUGUGGCUAUUCGCGCAAACGAUCAAGGACAAGAAGAGAGCUGUAGCGAUCCGAGCUCAACUUGGUCUUGACGCUGAAAAGGAUGAGGCUCAAGCCCUGGCUCUCAGACGCGCAACACUACGUGCGAACAGCAUGAGUGGAGAGUGA